AUGAUUAAGGAAAAAGGAUAUUGUUCAUCGAGAAUAGCUUUUAUUUCGCCCAAAUUAUUCGUUCUUAUCUUUUUUUUGGUUUUAAUGAAGACAACUGAAGUAGCGCUGAAUAAGAACGGAUAACCGCAGGUAAUUCUUUUGACAUGGGAGUUGUUGCUGAUUCCGUCCAUUAGUGCUUCACGACAUCAUUUGGCGGAAUUAUUUUUGAAGUUUUAAAAUAUUGCCUCUCAAAAUGGAAAACAUGGAUUGAAGUAUUUGUGGGGUGGCAUGAAAUUGACUGUUGCAGCAGGAAAAACGUAAACACCAUCCAAUUAUAGACCUUUCACUUAUUUCUAGGAAGAAAUAUAAAUGCGUACUUGAAAGCGUAGAGGAAAAACUUCCUGAGGAGACAUGAACUUCACGAUUUCGGUCAACUUGAACAACACCUUAAAUUUCACAGAAUGGCGCACCAACGGCUCUUUAGAUUACGACAAACGAUCUUCUAUGGCAGUUCUUGCUCAGGCAGCUUCCUUGGCAGUGAUCAUGUUCUCAUCUAUCUUCGGAAAUAUUCUCAUUCUACUGGCUAUCUACAUAAACCGACAUUUACGCGAGAUAACCAGUGUAUUCAUAGCGAAUCUCGCUUGCGCAGACCUUCUCUUAUCUCUCAUAGGAAUGCCAUUUACGUUGGCAUCGUCCAUAACGUAUAACUGGAUCUUUGGUGAGCACGUGUGUAGGUUCCAUGGAAUGGCAAACGGAAUAUUCUGUUUUGCUUCGAUGCUUUCUUUAGCAGCCGUGUCCUUUGAACGGUUUGUUGCCAUAACCAAACCCUUAAAAUACCGUUUGAUCAUGACUCAAAAGACUGUGACAAUCAUGAUAGUAUAUGUAUGGUUCCAAUCGAUUUUCUGUGCGCUGUUGCCUGUGUUUGGCUGGUCGCGUUACACUUAUGUACGCAAUGAAUCGAUGUGUACUGGAGACUGGCCAAGCGAUAUACCAUAUGUACUCUUUCUCUUUGCUCUGAACUUUUUCUUCCCUUUAAUAAUAAUGAGCUAUUGUUACUACCACAUAUUUAAGACAGCAAUCGAUCACUCCAAGCGUAUAAAAACUGCUACUGAAUGCAUCGGAGUUUUGGAUAAAAUAGAACAGCGUCAGAAACCGAAAGACAAUGAACUUGAAAGCAACGUUCGUGAAGAAGAUAUCGCCAAAGAAAUGACCAAAGAAGAAGACCUCGCUCAAAACAAAUCUACCAAAAAAGAACACGAUUUCGCUCAAGUAAAAUCCAUAGAAAUCGAAAUAAAUACUUCUCAGGAAAACAAGAGACAAAGAACAGAAAAGAAAUACAAGCAAGACAAGAAAGCAGCCAAAACUCUUCUACUCGUGAUGGGUACAUUUUUAUUUUGUUGGUUUCCUCACGUUCUCGGCAUGACGUGCCUACUUUUUCCAUCAUGCCCCUGGCCUGACGAAUUCUUCGCGACCACAACAUGGUUGGCAAUGAUGAACAGUGGUUGCAAUCCUAUUAUCUAUGGGCUUCUUAACAGACGGUUUCGACAAAGUUUCAAAAAGUUAAUCUUCUGUGGAAAAUUAGGUAGACGAAUAGAGAACGCAGAGAGUUAGUCACCUGCUUAGGUUUCGUCUCGAGGAGGUUGUCAAAGACCACCUUUUCCAUUUAACACUGCAAAAAACUCGCUCAUUUUCUUUUGAACUCAGAUAAGAGCGGCUUUCGUGUGAGUGGAGAAUAUACUAAUAGCGCGUACAUGGCAUACCGCAUAGCAUUUGAGUUGGAUUUCCAUCGAUUCUCUACAAUUUAUCUAAUUACGGUCUGCGUAUUCCGCACUUUAGAAAGGCAUACAAUCUGCCCUUCCCUGUUCCACUCCUACGAAAUCUGCUUACGUUCAAUGCAGAGAUGCAAUGCAAUGAUAGAACCCGCCCUGUUAUAAUAGCGAUAAAUUCUGUAAGAUUUCUGCCUUUUUGA